AUGUCUGUGGCUCCCUCCGCUCCAACUUCAUCAUUUUCGCUGCAGCCUCUAGCACCAUUAAGUGUCGAACAAGAAGACCAAAUCAUCCUCGCGCGUAUAACCAAUGAUGAACGGUACCUUCGUCGCGUCAUCAAGAAAUUUCACAAUUAUGCCUCCCUAGCGCAGGGCUCUAGUGCAGAGUCCAAGCAAGAUGCAAAAGAGGCCUUUAUAGUCGAGUUAUCAACAUUUCGAUUGGCAUUGAAAAAGAGCGCUAUGGUCUGUGAAGCAGAGGCGCGGCAAGUGGAGGAGUACCAGAGCGAGAAGCUUAGAAUAGGUCGUUGGAUUACCUUUGAUCCCCAUUCUUCAUCUGAUGUUUGUACAGACGACGAACACGGAAAACUACGAGGCCAGAUCGAGCAGCUCAAAACGUCACUGGAGCAUGCGCAGAUGCUACGACGGCGGAAGAUGGAGUAUGACUUUGUUACGGAAAAGAUUAACACCCUUCCUAGUCGGGAGGAGCUGAAUCAGUGCGUGUAUGCCCUCGUGCUUGUCUACACUUUAACUCAGUACAAUUCUAGGAUGAUUCAAGCACUUGAAAACGAUAUGAUGGCGAUACGUUCUGAACAUGACACUCAGAACCGGACCAUUCAAUCACAGAAAGGUGCAUUGGAGGCCAUCAUAUCAGACCUGGGGGCCCUUCGUUCACUGGGAAAAGACACUGCGGAUAUCCCGGCUUCCCUGCUAGGCAGUCCAAGACAGACGCCUGCCCUUGAUGGUAGUGGCGUUGAAGAUAUAGCUGAAACACGCACUACUACUCCGGCAAUGAAGACGGAGGACAGCGAUAAGGAGGAGGGAGAAGCGGACAAAGUCGUCUCCCAGGAUAUCGAGAUGGGUGAGGUCGAAGAGGAGGACAAAAAUACAAAAAACAAGAAGAAAACCAGAGAAGACAUGGAAGAGGGUGAGGCUACAGAUGCCAGUAGCGAAUUGUCCGACCCCCCAGAUGAUGACUAG